AUGAAAACAACCAUUAGGACACUGACCGCAGCAGACGAGGAGAAGAGUCCACACAAACUCACUUUAUACAACAUGGAAACUGUAUCAUAUGAUCGCUUUACAUCAGCCGAGGCAGAAAUUAAUCACAGUGGACAAAAAUUCAUAAUGCAAUCAGGUAGAAGGAACAGAAUGAUGUAUAUAAUCUAUGCCAUUCUUGCCCUCUAUGUGUUUAUACUGACCUUGGCUGUUGGAAUUAAAAUCUCUCAGAUCAGCCAAGAGGUUGCAGAUGUUAGACUUUCUAUGAAGACCCUCGUUGAUGCCCCCAAAACUCCACAAUUUGAGGAUGGUCAUUUCUCUGAACUUGUGAUGCAGGUGCCAGUGCCGGUGCAAGGCCCCUGUCAGGAAAACUGGGUGUUUUAUAAAGGCUCCUGCUACUUUCAGUCUACGAUAAAGAGGAACUGGAAAACUGCAGAAACCAAUUGCAUCCAGAAAGGAUCGCACCUAGUGGUUGUCAAUGACUUGGCUGAACAGGACUUUCUGUCUUCAAUCGUGAAGCUGUCUGACAGCUACUGGAUCGGGCUUGUUGAGAAAGAAGAGGGACAGUGGUCUUGGGUGGAUGGAACAGAAUUUAGCGCUACUGAACACCACUGGGAUGUCGGUCAGCCAGAUGACUGGGAUGUCCGUGUGAAUGGUGAGGAUUGUGGGCAGCUUCACGGUCGGGUGAAUGAGAACAGACAGAGGCUAUGGAACGAUGCGGACUGUACACUUUUUUACCCUUACAUCUGUGAAGGCAAACCCAAGAGUCACUGACAAUUAACAGCUAACCUCCAACACUACUAAUUCACUUAAUUAAACUUCAUUUUGCUCUCUUUUUGUUCAAGUAGAAAUAGCUAAACAUCCUUAAAACAAGAUAUAUUUAUUUGACAGUAAAACUGAUAUAUCUGGAAUUUGAAACUAAUGUUUGAAAUGCUCAUUGGUCAUCAUUGGCAUGCAUAUUAUUUGCAUAUUGGGUAUAACUGACAACUAUCCUGAAAUGCAUAAUACAACAUUUUCAAAAAAUUUCAUGGAUCAGUAUACAUUUUCAGUGGUGUUGUCAAAAAUGUUAAUUUGUUUAGUUUUUUGUAAGUACAUGGCUUAAUUUGGUUAAGUUUGUGCUUAAAAUUACUUAAUAAAUUUUCCCUCAACUUGAUUUUUUUACUUCUUGAAGGAAUUUAAAGAUGUUUUUAGUAGAAAUUAAGACUAAACUUGUGUUAUAAUUAUUAACUAUUGUUCAGGGCAUCACGGUGGCUCAGUGGGUAGCACAAUCGCCUCACAGCAAGAAGGUCGCUGGUUCGAGCCCCGGCUGGGUCAGUUGGCAUUUCUGUGUGGAGUUCUCUCCGUGUUGGUGUGGGUUUCAUUCAGGUGCUACAGUUUACCAAAGACAUGUGGUAUAGGUGAAUUGGGUAAGCUAAAUUGUCCAUAGUGUGUAUGGAUGUUUCCCAGUGAGAGGUGGCAUCUGCUGCGUAAAAACAUGUGCUGGAUAAGCUGGCGGUUCAUUCCGCUGUGGCAAACACAGAUUAAUAAAGGGACUAAGUCGAAAAGAAAAUGAAUGAAUGACUGAUGUUUGUAUUACAUAAAAAAGUUUGUUUCAAAAAGUGACAGUAUCCAGGAUCACAACUAUUUUUUUAAUACUGUAUGUGUUUUAAAUGUAUAAAGGUUAUGAUUCUCUGCCAAUAAUGACAAUGCUUUUUAAAGGAUUUUAACAAAUAUUUUAACAUUUAAAUUAAAAACAUUCAUUCAUACACUAUGGCCAUUUAGUUUAUUAAUUUCACCUAUAGCGCUUGGCUUUGGACUGUGGUGAAAAAAGGAGCACCCAAAUGAAACUCACACAAAUAGGGGAGAACGCGCAAACUCCACACAGAAAUGCCAACUGGUCCAGCCAGGACUCGAACCUGCGACCUUCAUGCUGUGAGGCAACACUGCUAACUAUUGAGCCACUGUGUCGCCAUAUAUUAUAAACAUUUUAAAAGUUAAAUUACUUGGGAAGAAUUCAAAGACACAUAAUGAUGUAGCUGAAAUUAUUAAAGAAUUAUAAAGUAAUCAAUAUUAAAAAAUAUUUUCUUAACUAAUAUUGGUAACAGUUUACCAAGAGUUUCAUUCACUGAAAAAUAUAUUUUUUCUGCUUGUUCAAACUACUUAUUUAAAAUAAGCUGAAUCAACACAAUUCUUGAUAUUUUUUUAGGAAAGCUGGGAAACUUAAUUGUUUUAUGCUCAGUCCACUUAGAUUUGAAAAACUAAAUUCAGUUAAUCUAUGCCGAGUUCAGACUGCAUGAUUUUUAAAGUAGUCGUGUCAUGGAUGUUUUCACACUGCAUGACUAUCUGGGGUAGCAUUCAGUCGCUGCUUUGUUUACAUUGUAGGAUGGAUCAACGAAUGAGGGUUUCGUACUGCAUGACUUUAAAAGGUCACAUAAUAUAUCUUUUGUUAUAAACUACAUAAUGGAAAAAGAAGGUUUUAGUGCGGUAGAAAAUGUACUUAUUUUGCUCACCUGGCUAUUAAAAAUUAGCUUUUUUUCCCCAACUUUUUUACUUUUCAACCCGGUAAUGCUCAGAUGACACGUCAAACAGACAGUGGUGCUCCUGCCUAAUUUCCACUAGCUUUUCCUCCAUUUCUUGGGUUCAAAUAGACUAAAAAUGAGCACUUUUAACUUACACAAUCUCCCGUUGGCCUGCAGGUAUCCAUACUAGUGGAUGAUGCUCUCUCAUUGGCUAUAGGAAACCACCAAUGUUAUUUUCAGAACACAUUUCACAUGGCAUGAUUUGAAUCGCAGCCAGCUCUAGAUAUAUAGCAUGCCAAAUACAGGACCCCUCACGGCGACUCAUCGGCGAUACUCUCAGAUCGGGUCUUUGAUCGUUCACACUGUGUAAUUGAUAUUCACGUAAACAAGCACUGAUUUGCCUUUGAUUUCAGGCAUUUGUCGCCGAUUUCUCAAAACCUGUCAGCAAAAUCGGGGCUAAAAUCAUGCAGUCUGUAAGCAAUUGUGUGGAACCCAGCAUUUUUACAGUGUUAGUUAAUGUUACAUUUUACAUAUUAUCAUUAGUUAAUAGUACAUUAAACAUAUAAAGCAUUAUUUUAAAGUUUUUGCCAUCUGUUUUUUACACGUUUCAAUCAUAAUUCUCAUAAAACAAGAAAAAAAAAAACAAUGCCAAUGAGAAGCAAAAUAAUCUUUACUCUAAUAAUAAAGCUAUAUUCUCUGAAAUAGUGAUGUUCUGUUCACAACUUGGAUGUUUAUGCUGGAAAAUAAAAUACAAAAACUUAAAGACUUGUAUAAUAAAUAAUUUUAAUCUGUCUGCUUUAAAUUAAAAACCAGCUGGCAUGAACAAA